AUGGACAUGAACGUAAAAUCAUCUUUAGACGCCUCAACGGGACCACCACCUUACUCCAGAGGGAAUGAGAGUUCCCUGGUCUCUGCCCUCAAGACACUGCUGUUUUUCACAAUCCUAAUGGUCACGCUGCCAAUUGGACUGUACUUCGCUUCAAAGGCUUACAUCUUUGAAGGUUCAAUGAAGAUGUCCAGUUCCGACAGUUACUUCUAUGCUGCCAUCGUUGCUGUGCUUGCUGUGCAUGUUGUGUUGGCACUAUUUGUAUAUGUGGCCUGGAAUGAAGGGGCGCCUAAGGAAAAGGGCAAACAUGAUUAA